AUUUAUCAUCUACAAAUAAUUAUAUUUUAAUUACUAUCACUAAUUGUAGUACUCCAACUAAUAAUAUUUCAAUAUAAAUGAAAUAGUAAUUAGUAAAUAUUUAGCACUAGUUUAAAAUUAACAAAAAUUGCAACUUGAUACUGCAGAAUGUUGAAUUAUUUGAAAUUUUUAAUUAUUUUAUUAAUAACAAAUUAUUGUUGGAGCGUUCCUCCUUUGACGGCCAAUAAAAACAAUUACCUAGUAUUUGCCGAUGAAAAAAGUUUCAUUCAAUCAUGCAGCCCUGAAGAUAACGCAGUCGCUACGAAUGUGGAUAAUUUUUUGGAACUAAAUUUGAGACACGACUUUGAUGAGGAUAUGGAAACUUUAAUAACGAAUGGUAAUAUAACUAUGAAAGUUGAUAUACCAUAUGGUAUUCAAUUAGCGUUAGAUAUGGAAAUUUUUAUGUGGAAACGUGGUAGAUGGGAAAAACUGUGUAUUCCAUAAGACGUGAUGAUUUUUGUGCUUCGGCAUUGAUCCAGUGGAAUUUUGGUAUCCGUUAACCGAACAAAUAAGAGAAGAAGAUCGUAUUUGUCCACCGAAGAAAGGAACUGUUUAUAGAUUUGAUAACUUGGAAAAUCGUGUUGAACUUAAUAAUAUAGCGGCAUUUGAUAUUGAAGGAGACUAUAAAAUUGUAGCACAUUUUAUUGCUGGAGAUU